AUGUGCGGGAUUUUCGCGUAUCUCAAUUACAACAUCGCCAGAGAGAGGCGCUACAUUUUGGAGGUCCUCUUCAAUGGCCUCCGCCGCCUGGAGUACAGAGGCUAUGAUUCCGCCGGAAUUUCGAUUGACUCGUCGUCGAAUGCAGCGGACGUUGUUAUACCUCCGCCUCUUGUUUUCCGUCAGGAAGGCAACAUCGAAUCCCUCGUUAAAUCUGUAUAUCAAGAGGUUGCUGCUACGGAUUUAAAUUUGGAAGAGUCAUUUGAGAUUCAUGCUGGAAUAGCACAUACUAGGUGGGCUACACAUGGAGAACCAGCUCCAAAGAAUACUCAUCCUCAGACAUCUGGUCCCGGAAAUGAGUUUGUGGUUGUUCAUAAUGGAAUCAUAACCAAUUAUGAGGUGCUAAAAGAGACACUAGUUCGACAUGGCUUUACCUUCGAAUCUGACACAGAUACCGAAGUCAUUCCAAAGCUUGCGAAGUUUGUCUUUGAUAAUGCAAUUGAGGAAGGUGACAAGAGUGUGACAUUUAGUGAAGUUGUGCUUGAAGUAUUGAGGCAUCUUGAAGGAGCAUAUGCUCUGAUUUUUAAAAGCCAACAUUAUCCCAAUGAACUGAUUGCUUGCAAACGUGGCAGUCCGUUGGUCCUUGGAGUGAAAGAGUUGACAGAAGAGGCCAGUCGAGCAUCUUUUAACGACGCAAACUUUCUUUCCAGCAAUGGACAACCAAAAGAACUCUUUUUGUCAAGUGACCCAAGUGCUCUGGUGGAGCACACUAAAAAAGUUUUGGUGAUAGAGGAUGGUGAAGUUGUUCACCUAAAGGAUGGAGGUGCAUCCAUUUUCAAGGUUGACCAUACUAAAGGUAAAUCAAAUGGAGGUCUAACAAGACCUUCUUCUGUCCAACGUGCCCUCUCAGUUUUGGAAAUGGAAGUUGAACAAAUAAAUAAAGGAAAAUACGAGCACUACAUGCAGAAAGAAAUUCACGAGCAACCAGAAUCCCUUACAACAACAAUGAGAGGGAGGCUUAUACGUGGAGGAUCAUGUAAAGCCAAGAGUGUCCUUUUGGGAGGGUUAAAGGACCACCUUAAAACCAUUAGGAGAAGCAGAAGGAUAGUUUUCAUUGGCUGUGGCACGAGUUAUAAUGCAGCUUUGGCUGCACGGCCCAUAUUAGAAGAACUCUCUGGAAUCCCUGUAACAAUGGAGAUUGCUAGUGAUCUGCUAGAUAGGCAGGGGCCCAUUUACAGAGAAGAUACAACUGUUUUUGUCAGUCAAUCAGGGGAAACAGCAGAUACUUUGCAGGCACUAGAGUAUGCAUUGGAAAAUGGUGCCCUAUGUGUUGGCAUCACUAAUACUGUUGGUAGUGCAAUUGCUAGGAAUACACAUUGCGGUGUUCACAUAAAUGCUGGCUGUGAGAUAGGUGUAGCUAGUACUAAGGCGUACACUAGCCAAAUUGUCGUUAUGGCAAUGUUGGCUCUUGCAAUUGGAGACGACACAAUUUCAAGUCGAGCAAGAAGGGAGGCAAUAAUAGAUGGACUAUUCGAUCUACCGAGUAAUGUGAAAGAGGUUCUGAAGCUGGACGAGGAAAUGAAAGAUCUCGCCAAGUUAUUGAUUGCUGAGCAAUCACUUCUUGUUUUCGGAAGAGGAUAUAAUUACGCAACUGCUUUGGAAGGUGCCCUGAAGGUAAAAGAAGUUGCACUCAUGCACAGUGAAGGAAUACUUGCUGGAGAGAUGAAACAUGGUCCGUUGGCUUUAGUUGACGAAAACCUUCCAAUUCUUGUUAUUGCUACCCGUGACGCUUGUUUCAGCAAACAGCAGUCUGUGAUUCAGCAGCUUCAUGCUCGGAAAGGGCGGCUCAUAGUGAUGUGUACAAAAGGCGAGGCACCAUCUGUUUGUGUUGGUGGGUCUUGCCGAGUAAUUGAAGUACCUCAGGUUGAGGACUGCCUACAGCCAGUUAUAAACAUAGUUCCAUUGCAGCUUUUAGCAUAUCAUCUAACUGUUUUAAGGGGAUACAAUGUUGAUCAGCCUCGAAAUCUUGCGAAAAGUGUGACAACACAAUGA